AAACACUGACGCUGGGAUGUGUUGAGAAGUGGUUUGUUCUGCAUUAGAAGAGUAAAGAGAAGUAUAGCAGAGCAGACUGAUAAACUCCUGUAGCUCUGAGUGACGUGACUUUGAUAUUACAGAAAAUUAAGAGCAGAAUCCAAACACAGAAGAGAGAGACACACCUAAAAAAACACAAAGAGCAGAAAGAGAGAGAGAGACGGUAGAUGAGACGGGAAGAGAGAGACACACACACACCAAAAAAGGGAUUGAGUUUGAGCUGUAAGUUCUGUUGGCAGGAGAAACACACAAACAGAAGAAUAAAGAGAGAGAGAAAGAGAGAGAGAGAGAGAGAGAGAGAGAGAGGAAGCGUGUGCUGUUGACAGUUCAUGGUUUGAGGAUACAGAGGUCACACACCGACACAAGUUCUACUGGAGGGUGUAAAGAGAGAUGGAUUAGCGUGUGUUUGGCGUGUAGAGGAGCAGUCGUGUUUCAGGAGUCUUGGAGCGGCAUUAUAGAUGAUUGAGAAGAUCUCUGGAACGCCGCCAUGUCUACGGGCCACGGGCCCAAAACACCCGCUCAACCCAGAGACACCCUGUCCUGUGAGCCCAUCCUGAAGGAUCCGCCGGCGGGUCACGUGACGAGUCCGGUCGGCCUGCAGACGCUGCUGGACCUGCUGGUGGGGGUUUACCAGGAGUUUCGAUCGUCCACUCCGGCGAGAGAGAAAUACAUCAGACGUUUCCUUCAGUGGGCUGAGCCUCUGGUGAGACAGGUGAAGAACACUCGCUUGAGUAGAGAUGAUUUUGAGAUCUUGAAGGUGAUCGGUAGAGGAACGUUCAGUGAGGUGGCUCUGGCGCGCAUGUGCAGCACUCAGCAGGUGUACGCACUGAAAAUCAUGAACAAGUGGGACAUGCUGAAACGUGGAGAGACGGCGUGUUAUCAGGAGGAGAGAGAGGUUCUGCUCAGAGGAGAUCGACGCUGGAUCACACAACUGCAUUACGCCUUUCAGGAUGACAAUUAUCUCUAUCUGGUGAUGGAUUAUUAUGUCGGUGGAGAUCUGCUGACGUUGCUCAGUAAGUUUGGAGAUGGUGUCCCAGAAGACAUGGCUCAGUUCUAUCUGGCUGAGAUGGUGAUGGCCAUCGACUCCGUCCACAGACUGGGUUACGUGCACAGAGACAUUAAACCUGAUAACAUCCUGCUGACUGCUGACGGUCACGUGAGGUUGGGUGAUUUUGGCUCGUGUCUUCAUCUGGAUGAUGAUGGGCUGAUUCACUCCUCGCUGGCUGUGGGCACUCCAGAUUAUCUGUCACCGGAGAUCCUGCGGGCGGUGGAGGGUGGAGGAGGGUACGGUGUGGAGUGUGACUGGUGGGCUCUGGGCGUCUGCGCAUACGAGAUGCUUUUCGGAACACCUCCUUUUUAUGCCGAGUCCAUUUCUGAGACCUAUGCCAAAAUAAUCCACUACAAGGAUUCUUUUGAAUGUCCCGCUGUGAGUUCAGAGGUGUCGUCUGAUGCGUGCUCGCUCAUCACGGCUCUGAUCUGUGAUCGCACUGAGAGACUGGGUUCACGAGGAUCUGGAGACUUUCAAAAACAUCCCUUCUUCAGCGGUCUGGACUGGACUUCUCUUCAUCUGCUUCCUGCACCGUAUCAUCCAGACGUCUCCAACGACACAGACACGUCUAACUUUGAUGUUCUGGAUGACGGUCUCAGUGAAACGGAGAGUUUGUGUGAUGUCAUGGACCGCGCUCCUGUCGGAGUUCAUCUGGCGUUUGUGGGUUACUCUUACACAGCCACCAGAGAGACGGGUGCGAUGGACCGCAGCGCUGACAUCAUGAUGGAGAUCGACAGACAUCGGCACAGAGACCGUCUGCACCUGCAGGACAAUCGGAAUCAGUCGUGGCAUCAGACAGACGCAGAAUCUGUUCCAGAACCCAACACAGAGCAGAUGAGCGGCGGGACACACACUGAAGAUCUGCAGAGGCGGUUACAGGCAGCUGAGCAGAGACACAGAGAGGUCGAGCAGCAGAUGAGCGGCUUACGACAUGAAAUCUACAGACUGACUGCUGACGAGAACAAAAAGCUGUGUGUGUGUUGGCCGGUGCGCUAUGAGCCUGUCCUCUGUUCAGACCCCAUGCAGGAUAGCUCAGUGACGCCCCCUGCCUGUCAUUACCCGCUAGUGACACCUCUACAUCGACACCUGCUGCUCUUCAAUCGGGUGUGGAGGCCUCAGGUGAGGAGUGAGUCGUAUCUGCUGGUGUGUGCUGAGGGGACAGAAGGGAUGCUGUGGACACGUCACUGUACCUCUGAACUCUCCUGAUGCUUCACAUCAACAACACACGCAGACACACUACACUUUACAACAGACACUGGACAAGAGAAAGACGUUCCUUACAUCACUCUACACUGAUGUGAUGUUCAGUUCAGUUUUACUUUUAAUGUUUGUCAUUCACAGCAGAAGCAGACAUGUUCAUGAUGUUCUGUGUGCUGACAGACUUCUCUCUGUUCUUCAUGAAGAAGUGUUUCUAUUCUGAGUGUUUCUAUGACUAUCAGACAGAAGAAGUGCUGACAGUAGAUUCACAUGCAGCAUUUAACAGAUCCACUCUUUCAUCCCCACACGAGUAACCGCUGAACACUGAAUUGUGUUUCAUUACAGACAUGCAACACUGUUUGAGUGUGUGAAACACUGACACAGUACUACACACAUUAUGCCAUUAUUUAUCAAAGCUUGUGUUUUAUUUUGUACAAAACAAAAGAAAAUGAAAUUGUAUUAUAUACUAAAAAAAGAUGUAAUUUGAGUAAAGAAGUUUAAAAUAAAGUUGAGUUAUUUAUUUUA